AGGUUAACAAGUACCAAAACCUUGAACGGUCAACAUUUUAGAGAUCUCCUCAAACAAUAUUCGUAUUUUAUUCUGAACUACACACACGAAAAGAUAUUUAUGAAGCAAUGGAUGUUUUUAAAUACGUAUAUUCCGUGUUAGUAGCAGUGGUUGUUAUUUAUAUUGUUUACAAAUUUUUAAAAUUACGUAGUGUUUUAAAAAAAGUUUAUAAGUUACCAGGUCCUCCAAAACUGCCGAUUUUUGGGAACUUCUUUGAUUUGUUCUACUGUGAUUCAGUGCAACUAUUUAACCAAUUUCGAGAAUGGGGUCAGAAAUACUCACCAGUUUAUGCAUUUCUUGUGUUUGGACAACCAAUAGUAUGUAUAUCUGGAGCUGAAGAGUUCGAAAAAAUCGCCGCUGGAUCAAAACAUCUUAGCAAAGGAUUUAGCUACAAACUUGUGGAACCAUGGCUUGGAAAAGGCCUUUUAACAAAUUCAGGUUCUCUGUGGCAGCAAAGAAGAAAGAUUUUGACACCUGCAUUUCACUUUAGUAUUUUACAGGAGUUCGUUAAAGUGUUUAACAAAGAAACUGCUAGGUUAGUCGAGACAAUCAAACAAGAAAAUAAGAAAUCGGCAACAAAUAUAGUUCCACUAAUUUCUCAAACCGCUUUAAACACUAUUGCAGAAACAUCUUUUGGAACAACGCUCGAUUUGACCAAAAAAGACGACAAAAAUUACGUAUCUGCAAUUCAUGAAAUGGGCGAAAUCUUGAUAUAUAGAAUAAUAAGGCCUUGGUUCCAUUCUUUACGUAUAUUUAGUAUGGUAUCUUCUGUUGGCGUUAGACUCAAACAAGUCUUAUCAACGCUACAUAGUUUUACAGAACGUAUUAUACUAGAAAGAUCAAGAGAUUUCAAACCAUUUGAAGUAAAUACAGAUGGCGAAAUAAAGAGGAAGAAACUAGCUUUUCUAGAUUUAUUGUUGAAUGCAAAAAUUUCUAAGGGCAUCAUCGAUGACCAAGGUAUUAAGGAUGAAGUGAAUACAUUUAUGUUUGAAGGACACGAUACAACUGCAACAGCUAUAUCAUGGGUUUUACGUCAAUUGGCAAUACAUAGCGAAUACCAGGAUCAAAUUUAUGAAGAAAUUAUAUCUGUAUUAGGAGAUGCACAAAAGCAACCAGACCUGAACGACCUAAAUGAACUAAAAGUAAUGGAACGAUUUAUUAAAGAAACUCUACGUCUUUUUCCGGCGGUGCCCUUAAUAGCACGGUCGUUGGAUGAAGAUAUAGAAUUAAAUGGAUAUUUGGUUCCUAAGGAGGCGACUGUUGAUGUUCUGAUUUAUGACAUUCAUAGAAACCCGAAAUAUUGGCCAGACCCUGAGAAAUUUGAUCCCGAUAGGUUUUUGCCUGAAAAUUGUGUAAAUAGACAUCCAUUCGCUUAUGUACCUUUCAGUGCUGGACCCAGAAAUUGCAUUGGUCAAAGAUUUGCAAUGUUUGAGAUGAAGGCCAUUAUCUGUGGAAUUAUGCAGAAUUUCUCAGUGAAACUUGCUGAUAAAAAUGAAAAAGUUGAAAUAAUAACUGAUUUGGUACUAAGGAGUGCACAUGAAAUUAAUUUGAACUUUCUACCUCGUAACUAAUAUUUUCGUUGUGUGAACUGAAACGAUCAAAUAAUUUGUUAUUAUAUAAUUUUUUAUUGGCUGUGUUAUUGUAUUUUGUUGGCGUAAUUAAAAUAAAAUAUUUUACAUAA